UGAUCUAACGGUGCAGAUUUAUUGUGGACAAAUCUCGUACGCUGGUCAAACUCUAGCGCCCUGCUUGUAAUCUCUGAAUCGAGCAAAAAAACGCGUUUUAGUGAGGAAAAAUGGAGAAGAUCGGAAAGAGAUUUCAAGGGAAGGUGGCGAUCGUGACGGCGUCUACUCAGGGUAUCGGCUUCAGCAUUGCAGAGCGGCUGGGCUUGGAGGGCGCCUCUGUUGUACUCUCGUCUCGCAAGCAGAACAAUGUAGAUGAGGCAGUUAAAAAGCUCAAAGCUCAAGGAAUUGAAGCGAUGGGCGUGGUUUGUCAUGUGUCCAAUGCCCAACAUAGGAAGAAUCUGAUUGAAAAGACGGUUCAGAAAUACGGAGCAAUAGAUGUGGUUGUGUCCAAUGCUGCUGCCAACCCAUCUGUUGAUCCUAUUCUGGAAACACGAGAAUCGGUUCUAGACAAGCUAUGGGAAAUCAACGUCAAAUCUUCUAUACUCAUUCUACAGGAGGCAGCUCCUCACUUGAGAAAGGGUUCGUCGGUUGUCCUAAUUUCCUCUAUUGCCGGCUAUCAGCCACAGUCUUCCAUGUCUAUGUAUGGAGUGACAAAAACAGCCCUUCUUGGGCUUACCAAGGCCCUUGCAGCUGAGAUGGGCCCAGACACUCGUGUAAAUUGUGUUGCGCCUGGUUUUGUACCAACACACUUUGCCGAAUUCCUCACGAAAAAUGCUGAGAUUAAGAAGGACAUUGAGGAUAAAACUCUACUCAACAGGCUUGGAACCACCAAGGAUAUGGCUGCAGCCACGGCCUUCCUGGUCUCCGACGAUGCUUCUUAUAUCACUGGAGAGACGCUGGUAGUGGCUGGUGGAAUACCUUCAAGACUCUAGUCCUUUUUUCUCUGAUUUGUACUAGUCUUGCAGUAAGGCAUGGUAUUCAAGUACACAAAUAAUGAAGAUUUGAGGAAGAUCUUCAGCAGUUCUCAAUGCAAUAAUAAACAUGUUCUCUUCUUUCAAA